GCGCCUCGCUCGCGUCCGCCCCCUCCCACCCCCGCCGCCGCCUUUCGUCCCGCGGCCGCUAAACCCCUCCCCAUCUACCCCCCACGACUCCUUCUCAGUUUGGCACAAUGGCUCUGGCUAAUAAGCUUGGUGGUCUGCUCAAGAAAGCCACGAGUUCAAAUCCGUCUGUCUAUCAAGCAAUCAGAUGCAUGUCAUCCAAGCUCUUUGUUGGAGGGCUUUCUUAUGGAACUGAUGAUCACAGUCUCAGAGAUGAGUUUGCCAAAUAUGGAGAAGUCAUUGAAGCUAGGAUUAUCCUUGACCGUGAGUCUGGGAGGUCUAGAGGUUUUGGCUUUGUAACUUACACAUCUUCUGAGGAGGCUUCAGCUGCCAUCACUGCCAUGGAUGGAAAGACUCUUGAUGGACGAAGCAUACGGGUUAAUCAUGCCAACGAGAGGACAGGUGGCUUCCGCGGCAGCGGUGGUGGUGGUUAUGGUGGUGGCGGCUUCGGUGGUGGUGGCUAUGGCGGUGGCGGCGGUGGCUAUGGUGGUGGCGGCGGUGGCUAUGGUGGUGGCUAUGGUGGCAACUACGGCAACAGGGGUGGCGGUGGCUAUGGUGGUGGUGUUGGUGAUUAUGGAGCUGCAGGUGGAGCUGGAGGCAACUUUGCUGCUGGAGGUAGUAACAGCUUUGCCAGCAGUAACUUCGGUGCUGACAGUGGUUUUGGUGGAAACCCUGCUGGUAGCUUUGGCGGUGGUUCCACUGGCGCCGAUGAGUUCUCUGGUGGCACAUUUGGUGGCGACUUGAGUGGUAACAAGAAUGAUGAAAUCAUGGAGGAUAUGUUCAAGGAUGAUGAGCCUGACAGCUUCGCCGACAAGAGGAGCUAGUUUGUGUCCCUCCCAAGCGAGGCCUGAGUGCUGAGCAUCAAGACAAGAAUCCAGAUCCAUCUGUAUUCGGUAGUGUUUCCUGUUAACAUGAUAGGCGUCUGAUGUCUAAAUAAUGGAACGAGUUUUUCUGUUGAGUUUGAGUUGUCGGAGUUGUGGAACUUUCAGAGCGUGCGCUGCAUGCUGGCUCUUGUGCCGGCAAACAUGUCAUACUUUCAUGUUAUAUGGAGCAUUUUGCUAGUUGCCAUGCCUUAAUUGGCUGUAGUCGAUCUGGCUUACAAAUGGGGUCUUGUACGAGAAUCCUUCAAAUUGGUCCGUUCACAUGUCCUCUGUCAA